AUGUCUCAGCAAGCUAAAGACUGGAGCGCAAGUCAAUACCUCAAGUUCGAAAAUGAACGCACCCAGCCCGCCCGCGAUCUCCUAUCGCACGUGCCCCUAACCGCCCCAAAGAGAAUAAUCGACCUAGGCUGCGGCCCUGCGAACUCAACCACAGUCCUGGCAACACAAUACCCAUCGGCAACAAUCACAGGCCUGGACUCAUCCCCAGACAUGAUCGAGCGGGCAAAGAAAGUCCUCCCAGACCGAGACUUCCACGUCGAAGACCUGUCAACCUACAGCCCCGACCCAGCCAAGCCCGUCGACCUCUUCUUCUCGAACGCGGUGUUCCAGUGGCUAAAGGCCGACGACCGCAUUGCGGUCAUUAAGCGCCUUCUGCAGCCGCAGGAAAAAGGCGCUGUUUUCGCUCUUCAGGUCCCGGAUAAUCUGAACGAGCCUUCGCAUCUGCUUAUGGUGGAGACUGCCGCGGAAGGUCCGUGGGCGGAGAAACUGGCUGGUGUGCAGAGAGAUGGGUUCCAGUCCCCGCAGGAACUUUAUGAUCUUGUUAAGCCGUUUUGUAGUCAGGUUCAGAUUUUUGAGACGACUUAUUAUCAUGCGCUGGAGAGCCAUGAAGCGGUCAUUGAGUGGGUUAAGGGCACCGGGUUGAGGCCGUUUUUGGAUCCGUUGGAGGGUGCGGAGGAGGAGGCUUUCUUGAAGGAUUAUUUGAGACGUUUGCAGGAUGCUUAUCCGGUUUCUGUUGAUGGGAGGGUGUUGUUGAAGUAUCCGCGGUUGUUCAUGGUUGCUGUGAAAUGA